CAGAAACCUCCCAAGGCUCGAGUCGCUCGAAUUGUGUGUGUGUUUGUGUGAGCAAUUGUGUACGCAGUGUUAUCCUUCAGGUGUUUGCCUGCGACAACGAAGUACCUUAACGACCUGAUACGAACCGGCAGCAGAGGAGACAUUUUCUGCUGUUUACCGAGACGAAUCUGGCCUCUCGCGGCGAGUACGGUUCCAAAACCCCUGAAAUCUCCCCGCAUCAACGGGGUUGCACCAUAACGCGAAGAACCGUGGAAUCGAACCGGCCGCGUCCAUCCGUGUCGUCGUGUUGGCUGUGUCGAAAUUAAAGUUGAUGUUGGCUAAUCCCGUAUUCGAUAACCUAGCAUGUCCGAACGUCGUGGAACGAAGGCACUAGAACUAUGGUGCCGCCGGGUCGUCGAUGGCUACAAGGAUGUCAAGGUCACUAACAUGAGCACCUCCUGGCGGGACGGUCUUGCAUUCUGUGCCCUCAUCCACUACUUCCGGCCGGAUUUGAUUGACUUCGCGAGCCUCAGCAAGGACAACGUGUACUACAACAAUGAACUAGCGUUCACGAUCGCGGAGCAACGUCUCGGCAUCCCGUCGCUGCUGGAUCCGGCCGAUAUGGUCAAGUACGAGGUACCGGAUCGAUUCUCAAUCCUCACCUACCUGUCGCAGUACUACCGAGUGUUCAGCAAUCAAGAACCCGCCACAAGCAAGAAGGCCUCCGAUAAGGACACCAAGCCCGACGAUCUGAGCUCAAAGAUGGCAAACAACAUACCGGCCUUUGUGGGCGUUCCCAAGCGUGCUACCUGUGCCCGGUGUAGUAAUCCCAUUUUUCUGGCGGAACGGAUCAGCUUCGGUGCGAAGAGUUACCACCGCUCGUGCCUAAAAUGUGCCCGCUGCGGCACUCAGCUGACGGUGGGCAGCUUCUACGAGACGGAAACGGAUGGCGAAUACUGUUGCGAAACGUGCCCGGACGAGGAGAUUCAGCUCGAGAUCAAGCGACGCAAAUCGUCCGCCUCGUCGUCGUCCGACGGUAGCCACCACUCGUCGGGGUCGGGCGCAGCACCGGUCGUACCGCUCGUGGGAUUGCCGCGUACCAUCCGCAGCAGCAAACUGCUCGAUCGUAUAUCGUUCUUCGAGUCGGCCCCCCUGAGCGAUGAGGAGAAGACGUCGAACCUCGAGCGGAAGGCAAAGAUGAGUAGCUUCCUGAAGGGAACACUCGAUGAAUCGGAUCGCAAGCUGCCAGACUCGCCGGUGGUGCUGCAGGAACCGAAUGGCAAACCGGACACGGAAGAAGACCGAAGACAAGAUGACGUCCCACCGGAUCUGCCGACAACGGCCCCACCGGCGGCGGGGGAUGAAGCGAACGCUGAAAGCAAGGCAUCCUCGACGGAACCUCCUGUCCCGGCGGAAGAUUCCGAGAGCAUUGAAGAUCAGUUCGAGAAGAUCGUACAAGAUCUCGGGAACGACGAGCUGUCCGGCGAUACAACCAACCGUUUACCACAAACCGAGAUUGCACAACGGCAAUUGGACAGCGCAAGCGUUGAGCAGGAGGAAUCACCACGAAAUCAUAACUCAGAACUGAGAAACGUGUCUGAGCUUACAGAUGCCCAGAAAGAAGUUGAUGAGUCCGAGAUUAUGAUAGUUGUAGAAGAUGCCGAUGACAAGACGCCAGAAGUGGUGCUUGAUGAAGCUGCACCAGACAAGCAAGCCACUGUCGUUGAGUCACAUGAACCGAGCAAUCUCAAAACGGAAGAGCCCACGGUAGUUGGUGAAGUUUCAAAGACUGCCAUCGUUGCUCUUCGCACCACGGCUAGCGAGGAAACUGAGCCUUCGGCCCCCGCGGUCCCAGUUAGUGAGGUUCCUUCUGAAGUAUUGGUGGAAAGUGAAACGAAAUGUAAUGUGCCUGACGAAAAGGAAAGUACUGAACCUGAACCUGAAGAAGCAGCGAACAGCAGUAGAACGGAACAGGAACCUGAAGUGCCUGAGGAAGAAGAUGUUUGUGAAGGCCACGAGGAGGUGGUGGGGCGAAAACUAUCAACUUCGGACGCUGCGGAAACUCCAACGGAAUCAAAAUCCGUCGCAGAGCACGACAAGGCGGAACCUACCGAGGAAUCCACCACAUCGCAGCAACCGGAGGAAAGUGCUUUGAAGAAUGAAGAAUUGUAUCCAUCGGAUCUAAAUCCGUUCGGCGAUGAGGAUGAGAAUGGCGCAAAGAUCGUUGCGCUGCCGGGAACUCCAACGAUGAAACCCGCCCCGUCCGUGCGUCGCGUAAGCACAAAUCCUUUCGGGAGCGAAGAUGAGGACGACGAUGCACAGCAACCGCAGUCAUCACCGUCGUCGAAACCACCACGACCGCCACCGCCGAAGGUGAAGUCGACCGCCGCCGUGAAUUCUACACCCGUUCCGGUGAAUCCUUUCGACGAGGAUGACGAUGAUGCAGGGACGACGGAACAGGAAGCCGAAAUAGUGCCAGUGGUGUCGAAACCCUCGCCCCGCCGAACGCCAGUUCCCACGCCACGGAAACCGGGCCAUGCGUACAACGACUCGAUCAGCUCGCAGGACAAUUCGCUGAUGUCGAGCAGCAGGCUGAGCAGUUCGAAUGUUUCGCUAGCCUCCAGCAUGGACAGUGGCCCAUCCUCGAUGACGGUGCCUCGGCGCCGAAAGUCGAAGGCACCGAACGUUCCCGUGCCAAAGCCAUCGGGUGAAGGCGCUCUCACUGCUGUCGGUGGUGCCAUAAUCACCUCCAGUAUCGCUAACAAGGGAACGCUAACGACGCCGCGUAAGAAGCGAAAUGCACCGGCACCUCCUCCUGCGUUCACGUCGACCCCUAAGCCAGAGCAGGCGUCCCAGCAAACACCAGCCAGCCAACGAUUACUCACUCUCGAUGCCAGUUUGAUCGGUAACGAUCGCCCCGAGGCAUCCGAAUCGAUGAGCCGCGCGACAAGCAACGAGUCCGUCGUCUACCGGCGGCUGAUUGUUCCGUUGGCUCUGGAUGACGAUGGGUCGGAGGCGCCACUAGAUGAUAGCACAACAACGGCCAGCGUCACCAGCGAGCGGCAGUGGGAAAAGAUGAAAGACAACAAGGAAGCCCAGAACCGGAACCGCCAAUCGCAGAGCUCGCCGAUCGGUGAGGGUAACGGCUUCGGUAACGGUCUGUCCGUUCUGGCCAACAAGUCCUCGCAGGGAAAGUGGAAAAGGCGCAAAGGGCCGGCACCGGCGCUACCGAUGGCACUGCCACUGCCCGAGCGUAAGCCCAUUAAAAUGUUACCCCUGAAGGAGAUACACCAGGAGCUUCAAAUCAUCGAAACGCAGCAGCAGGGCCUCGAGAAGCAGGGCAUUGUGCUGGAGAAGAUGAUCCGGGAGCGGUGUGAGGGCGUCGAGGCGGACAUAGACCUCGACAUACGGUUGCAGGUGAACUCGAAGGAAGUGGAAGAUUUGAUCAUGCAGCUUUUUGAGCUGGUGAACGAGAAGAAUGAAUUGUUCAGGCGCCAGGCGGAGCUAAUGUACUUACGGCGGAUGCAUCGACUGGAGCAAGAGCAAGCCGAUUUGGAGUACGAAAUUAGACUGCUGAUGGCGCAACCGGAGCGUAACAAGACCGAUUCGGAUAAGGAGAAAGAGGAAGCAUUGAUUGCCCGAUUAGUUGAGAUUGUUCAAAUGCGUAAUGAAGUCGUUGAAUGUCUGGAGAUGGAUCGUAUUCGUGAAGCAGAAGAAGACUUGUCAAUUAAGCAGAGCAUCGAAGAACGAGCGGCUAGCCAACAGUCAAAGCAUGGUAAAAAAGACUCCACGGCCUGCACCGCUACCACGUUGCCGCUCACGGACUCGGAGAAGCAGGAUUCAACGGUGAAGCUUUCGAAGAAGGAGAAAAAGAAGUUGAAGGAAGCGAAAAAGUUGGUGAAAUCGAAAAAAAUCGACUCAGAGAAGGAUGCCGAUGAAACGGAGAGCGGUUCGACCAAGGAGAAGAAAAAGAAGAGAAAAUUCCUCUUUUAAACAAACAGCCCGCCGUAAAACGUCGAGUCGAGCCGAGCCGAGCAGCCGCCACAACACAUUCCCUUGGGCGUAAACCAGUGCUCUGUCCGUCCAUCGUUGCCAGAUGCGCUAACGAAAGCAUGGUUAUUGUUUUUAAUAGACAUACAGUAGGGACUUCUUCUGAAGAAGUAUCAUGUAUAGAGCUCAGCCGGAGAAGUAGAAAUUGAUCGUCGUUCAAAUGAAUUUCAGAGAAACCUUUAAUAAUUCUCGUAUUGUCGCUACGCUACGCUCCCGCACGGUGACUCUAGUUGUUAAACUCAUUUCAAUUAUCGCAUUUAAAUCAUCGUUGUUUCAUACCGUUGUUGGCAGCACGCAUACACCCACUGGACAUUUGGUCCAGCCAGUCCACCAUUGUAAUCGUUACGUUACUGUUCAUUUGCCAAUCAACCCACGUCGGGAGUAGUUCCUUCGCAGUUGGUCGUGUUCCGACCGGCUCUCGUUGUGUGUGUUGAGAUUUACCGGUUGCACUUAGCAGUUGUUACGCUAAUCGUAGUGGUUUGUUGAACGACCAACAGAGGUUACAAGCAAAGUGCACUUUCGAAUGGAAGGCAUGUGAAUAGAAAUAUAUUGGGAAUGAAUAUUUUUUGUCAAGUAAGAUACGAAAUAAAUUGAUA